AUGUUAUCAGAGUUGAAAGCAUUCAGUUGGUUAAAACCUGUGCUUCCAGCUCACAUCUAUCACCCAUACCAUACACAAAUGAGUCAGAAAUCUCAUGUGUAUCAAUUACCAAUAAUGCUGAAGAAUGAAGCCAAGCAUGAAGAAUGUGUAGACAUCAUGGAUGAAUAUGAAAGUACACUUGGUGAAAUUUUUACCAAAGCAUUCGGAUCUGAAGAUCUCUUUCAGAAAUUUAAAGUUCCCGUUGGUGGAGAUCAAUUAUCUAGAGUGCGCCUAGAGGAAGCAAAGAACUUGAGGUCUCUUGCAACAACCAGGAAAAAAAGAUUUGAAAAUUUAGACCCAAUAAUAAUUGAGUUCUGGCAUAUGAAACAAGAUUUCUUGGAGAAAUGCUAUAAAGAACUGUUCAAAACAUCAACUCUUCGCCAGCCAGGAACCGUUUACCACUACAAGGCUAAGCUUCAGCGUAGUGAUGUUAACGGAAAGGUAAAGGGUGCCUUUAAAUCACAUCAUGAUUUUUUACUCCUUAUUGGCAAGCAGAUGAUCAUAGAGCAAUUCUUAGAGUAUUUCGGUAUGGAAAAUAGAUUGUCAGAGCCAACUAAAAAUGUGCUGACUGUAUCCAGGUCUGUUCUUGACCGUGACAGAGAGAUGAAUAGUAUGCUUGAUAAGUUUAUGUCCAAUUAUGGGUACCUUAAUGCCUACCAUGAAACAAGCGACAUCAAAUCUGUGGACAUUUCAGAUACAGUAUACAAUUACUCGAGCAAUUUAUGUCACUGGGUCCUUCAAUUGAUGAUGAUGGAAGAUGUAGUCAAGGAAGGAGACAUUUUUAGACUAAUACCAUGUGUCAUGUAUACAAUGCCAUUCUUUUUUGCGCAUUCUAGGCUGUCUAAGUACUUCGAAGAAUGUUUGGACUUCCUAUUAAAAACCCAAUUUCUUCUUAGCCCAAUGCAGCGAAUACAAGUGUUGGAAGGUGCUUUCACUAAUAUUAGGGGUGGAGUAGGUAAUAACAUUGAGAGUGAUUUAGCUCAAGAGAUAUCUGUUUGCAAUCAAAAAGACCUUAUUAGAUCUCUUGGUGCUAAUAAAUCCGAAAAGGCAAUCUUGAGAAGUACAAGGGCAGCAGAUACUGUUUCUCUAAUUUGUGAGCAUGUUGAUUCAUCAGUUAAUUUGAAAAAAACUGCUUCAAAACACAAUAUUCCAAAGGCAGAGAAAGAUGAACAAGUUGUAAGUGCAUCCUUGCGUGAUCUGAAACCUUUUAAGAAAAUUGAAGGAAGAUCAUGUGGAGGACUUCAAAGUAUUUUAUCUUCAUCUCUUUUGAAAGAAGAUAAUGAAGAUUUCAAAUACCGGAUAAACCAAGUUGUUUCAAGACUUUAUUAUGGACAAACCAGUUGUACCUCAUAUGAUUCUGAAGGUAAUAAUGAUGAUGACUAUUAGUAAUUUUAAAGAGAACUGAAUGGGUAUAGAUGUAUAACAGAAUUUCUGGAAUGUUUUGAAUAAAAUGAUAUUAUGCAAGCCUCAGGUGAACAUUCAACAAGUAUUAUAAAUCUAAUAUAGAAUGUAAAUGAAUAUCAUGAAUAUCAUAGACUUGUAUUGUUAAAAAAAAUGGUGUAACUCUCUAGGAACGAUGGUUAGGAAACUACCCGCCUAUAUGAGUGAAAUACUUUUGGAAGAAGGCGUAAAAUGAAACAAACAAACAAACAAACAAACAAAAAAAUUAUGUAAGACAUGUAACUCUUUCCUUUAGGUAAAAUUGGCCAACCCUUGAGGUCAUUUAGUUAAAAUACAAAACAUGUACAACCUUUUUUAGAAACGACAAUGUCAAGAUCUGAGAUAUAUGUCAUAGCAGACAUUUACAAAUAUUAAAUGAUUAUAUGGCCCUGUUAUAUAUAAUUUCACUAGAGGUAGUAGUGGUAUGUUAUGAAUCAGACAAAUUUUUUUUUAUCUGUCUACAGAAUAUGGAUUUUUUUCAAUGUCCAAAUUAGCCAGAUGACAUAUUUAUGCAAGUUUCAGUCUUUAAGUGCUGUUUUUAAGUAAAAGUACUUUUCUUGGAAAAAUUGUAUAUAAAUGUAUGGACUUAUUUAGAGGUAAACUUUGAUAUACUCUAUAUUUACAUUAUAUUGAAAUGGAGAUGAAUUAGUGUAUUGGAUAUAUAGGAUAUAUACGGUGGUCAGUGCUCAGUAUAGUAGAACUUCAUGGUGUAUGUAAGAGUGUUUUAUUACCUACAUGAAAUAUAUACAUGUGUAGUGAUUUAAAAUAGUUUACUUGUUUUGCCAUUUAGCAGCAACAUAAAAAAUGGGUAUAAGCAUAAAUAUGCUUGUAAAUGUUUUCUUUAUGUAAAGAAAACGCCUGGCAAUGAUUCAGUUCUUAUAAGGGUAUUUUGGUCUUUACCCUAUGUAUAUACAUGUACUGGUUUAUAAAUGUAUUUUGAAAUAUUGGAUGCAUAUCAUUAAUAUGCAUCUUUCUAGAUAUGUUAAAGUUUGUUUAAUAUGUUAAGAUUUUUUUAUUAUAUUGGUCAUUAUAAUAAUAUAAUAGAUGAUUGCCCAUUCUGUGAAUGAGUACAAGAAAAUGAGUACCAUUUUGUACUAAUUUGUCCAGUCUACUCUAAUUUAAGACACACAUACAUCAGUGAUUAUUUCUGGAAAUAAUGUAGAACAUUAUAAUCUCAGGUCAACAUGUGAUACAAUUAAGAAAUUAACAACUUUUUUAAUUAUAAAGCGCUUAAAGAAAGUUAUCAAUUUUUGUCUAUGUUAAGAUAAUUAGUACCUGUACUUUUCCAUUGAUAAAUGUUGCACUUAGAGAAUGUUAUUAUUUCAUUUGUCUAUGUUUAGAUAACUUGUAUCUUAUAAUACUACUUCUAUGUAAAAUGUUGUACUUUUGUUGUACACAUAAAAGUUAUAUUUAUCUGAAACCAUUAGUAAAGAAUUUAAAUACAUGUAGUCAAAUUCUAGGGAACAGAAACUAUAUUUCUCGCUGGUUAUCUGGUUAAACCUAAUUAUUAAAAAAAAUGAAGAUUGUAAAUGUCCUCCAGAAGGCAGGGUCAGAAGCCUUUUCAUAACAUACACAUUAGACAACAUCAACAUUUUGUUAAAAUAAAAACCAUAUCAUGUAUACCAAACAUUUUUAUAUUCGGUGGUUCUAGACAAGAUUUUUCAUAGAAUUUUAGCAACAAAUUGUUUACAAUGACAAUGGUACAAUUAAUAAAAUGUGUACAUUGUACUUUUGUACUCACAGUAAAGAAUAAUUAUUUUACAUUUAUCUUGGGAACGUCAUAAAAUUCAAUCCCUCUUCUAAAAAUGUGAAAUAUACAUAAUAUUGUUGAUUUUUUCUAUUGCAAAUCAUUAAUUAAAAGAUCUGAAGAGAAAUUAUUCAAAGAUGAUAAUUUAUUUUCAGAAUAAAUUAAUUACAAUACAUUCAAUGAAAAAUGAUAAUGUAAAGACAUUGUUCACUUCUACUAUUUCAGACAAUUGUUUAUACCUUACAAAUUGUUGUUUUUGUUUCUGUCUUUAUAUAUAUAAUGUGUCAAGUGGAAUUGUAGAUAAUUAUAAAAUACAUUUCAAAUACAUGCAACAAUGACAUUUCAAAUAACAUGCAUCAAUGCCAUUUCAAAUAACAUGCAUCAAUGACAUUUCAAAUAACAUGCAUCAAUGCCAUUUAAAUUACAUGCAACAAUGACAUUUCAAAUAACAUGCAUCAAUGCCAUUUAAAUUACAUGCAGCAAUGACAUUUCAAAUUACACACAACAAUGCCAUUUCAAAUAACAUGUAACAUUGACAUUUCAAGUAACAUGCAACAAUGACAUUUCAAAUAACAUGCAUCAAUGCCAUUUCAAAUAACAUACAUCAAUGCCAUUUCAAAUAACAUACAUCAAUGCCAUUUCAAAUAACAUGCAUCAAUGCCAUUUCAAAUAACAUGCAUCAAUGCCAUUUAAAUUACAUGCAACAAUGACAUUUCAAAUAACAUGCAUCAAUGCCAUUUAAAUUACAUGCAUCAAUGCCAUUUAAAUUACAUGCAGCAAUGACAUUUCAAAUUACACACAACAAUGACAUUUCAAAUAACAUGCAUCAAUGCCAUUUCAAAUAACAUGCAUCAAUGACAUUUCAAAUAACAUGCAUCAAUGCCAUUUUUUUUAACAU